AUGGCUUUGGAUAGCCUAGAGAAGAACACAAAUUUGUUGCAUUCACACUCUCAAUCUAUAUCAAAGCUAGAGUCCCAAAUCGGGAUCAUAGCUAAUGCAUUGAAUGCAAGGGAAGUGGGUCCUCGCGACACUCUUCUGGUUAUCAUCUCUUCAAGCCUAGAUAAGGACCAAGAAAAUGCUCUACUUAAUGUACUUAAAGAAAACAAAGAAGCUAUAGGGUGGAGUGUGGCGGACCUUAAGGGAAUUAAUCCUUCCAUUUGUAUGCAUCGUAUACUCAUGGAAGAGGAUACAGAACCCUUUAGGGAUGCCCAAAGGAGAUUGAAUCCUAACAUGAAAGAGGUAGUUAAGAAAGAAGUAGUGAAACUUUUGGAUGCCGGAAUCAUCUACCCAAUCUCCGAUAGCAAAUGGUUUCUUAAGUACUCCGUCACUCACAAAGUAGCCACUCCCUACCAUCCUCAAACAAGUGGACAAGUUGAAGUGUCUAACCGGGAAAUUAAGCAUAUCCUUGAGAAAACGGUUAACCCCACCCGGAAAGAUUGGUCAAGAAAGCUAAAUGAUGCUUUGUGGGCUUAUCGUACGGCAUAUAAGACUCCCAUUGGCAUGUCCCCUUAUAGAAUUGUUUAUGGGAAGCCUUGCCAUCUUCCAGUUGAGCUAGAACACAAAGCCUUUUGGGCAGUUAAAAAGCUCAAUUUUGACCUAGCCAAAGCCGGAGAGAAUAGGUUACUUCAAUUGAGUGAAUUGGAAGAGCUAAGGCACAAUGCUUAUGAUAAUGCCAAGCUCUACAAAGAAAGAACCAAAGCCUUCCAUGAUAAGCAUAUUGUGAAGAAGUCCUUAGAACCCGGUCAAAAAGCUUGGCUUUUCAACUCUAGGUUAAAACUCUUUCCCGGCAAAUUGAGAACCAAGUGGGAAGGUCCCUAUGAAAUUAUCUCGGUUGCACCGCAUGGAGCGGUAGAGAUACAAGACUUGAAGAAGGGGAACAUCUUCAAGGUGAAUGGGCAAAGAUUGAAACCAUACAUAGAGGGCCAAGUCUUUCAAAGACAUUUAGAGGCUGCAAAUCUUAUUGACCCGGUUUUCCAUGGAACGAGAAUGAGGGCGUUGGUUGAUUGGAUUCAGUUGGUAGGGAAAUUGGGGAAGCAUGCGUCUGAUUUGAUGUGGUAG